GACUUAUAUUAUAUGAACCCGCAGAAAAGUACGAAAUUUUAAAAAAUAAAAUUAAAAAAAGGAAGAGGAUGGCCAGCCUUCCAAUGAAUUGACAUUUUUUUGCUUUUCCUUCCCUAUUCAAAAAUCAGAAUCCCAGGCCUUUAUAAGAAGACCUCAAUUUCUCUAGCAUUUUCACAUGAACUCUGCAGCUAGCCUUCUAUAGUUCUAGACGAAAAAAAACCCUUCAAUAUUCAUUCUUCAUCCUAAAGGUUUUUUUUUUGGGCUACAAUGUCAAGCUCAAAAACCCCAGAAAAACCCUUCAAUCUCUAUGAACCCAUCCUUACACAAACCGGGUUCACAUUACUACAACGUAACACAUCCUCUGUGACACCACCUAAUGAAAAGAGAGGCCGGAGGAAACAAGCCGAGCCGGGGCGAUUCCUCGGCGUAAGGCGGAGGCCUUGGGGAAGAUAUGCAGCUGAAAUUAGAGAUCCCACAACUAAAGAAAGGCAUUGGCUUGGUACAUUUGAUACUGCACAAGAAGCUGCCUUAGCUUAUGAUAGGGCUGCCCUUUCAAUGAAGGGCACACAAGCAAGAACCAAUUUUGUUUACUCUGACAACACAACUUUUCACUCUCUUGUUACCCCUUUGGAUCUUCAAACCCUAUGGCAGAAACAAAACAACAACAAGAACAACAACAAUGGUACUACUAGUAAACCAAAUAGUACUAUUACUACAACUACUACUACAAGUACUAGCUCUUAUUCAUCUCAUUCUCAAUCUCAUCAUUAUUACCCUACUGCUUUAGAAACCUCAAAUUCUCACAUCCUAUCUGACAAUGACAAUUGUUCUCAAUCCUCAUAUGGUUCAAGCCCUAAUGACAACUUCUUCUUUUCUAGCCAUGAAACCAAUUCAGGCUACUUGGAUUGCAUUGUUCCUGAUAACUGCCUCAAGCCUCCCUCUCAUAAUCAUCAUGAGACUAAUUCGCUUCUUGAUGAUCAUCAUCAUCACCAAAUUUACUCCAAUUUGAGCUAUCAUGGGAAUAAUAAUGAUGUUCUUCCUACUACAAUGGCUACUGAUGAUCAUGAUCAUCAUCAUAUUAGCAACUUUUCAUGCUAUGAAGGAGGAGUAUUUAACUAUGGUAACAACAGCAGUUGGGAGGUGAAUUCUUGUGAGCUUUCGGCUGUGAUUAACAACAAUAACAACCCUUUAAUGAGUAAUAACAUUAGCAACAACAAUAGGUGCAUGGGAUCUUACUAUCCAACUUCAGAUCAUGCUGAAAGCUAUGAGUCAAUGGGAGGAGCCACAAGUUCUUCUUCGCCUGGAUUUUCAGCAGUUUUCCCACCAUUUGGUUGGUGAUUGAUUUAUGCAUGCCUCAAAACCCUAAUCACAAGUUCCGGAUAAAGCUGCAUGCAUUUUCUUCAAGCUUUUUUUUUCUUUUUUCUUUUUUUUGGUCGUUCGGUUGCUUUUCUUCUUUCUCUCUGCAGCAUUUUUUUCCCCCGUCUUUUUCUUGUUUUCCAGCUUCAUAAAAAAUGUAAUUACUGUUUAACUUUAUGAGGAAGUAAUGCAAUGUGGUUUUGACGUAACCCUUUCUUUAGUCUCUAAAUUUAAAACUUUGCGUCUCAAAAUAAAAGUCAUGUUUGUUAUAUUUUAGGAUGGAAUAAGUAUCAUUAUUUUAUCUUAUCUUAAACAAGAACACUUGAUCAAUAUUAUAAUCAUUCACUCUGCUACAUCCAAUGGUUAUAAAUACAGGGUUUUUGGAUUUUUUUUUUUUUUU